CGAAGGAAUGAGAUUAUCCAAGCUUCAGUGUUUUUGAGCAUGCCCAUCAAACGUAUAAACCAUGAAAGAAAUUCAAAACAAUUAGGAUAUUAUGACCUCCUCUUUCUGACCGUGCAAAGUUUUUCGGCUCGAUUGAGCCUUCCUAUGGAAAGUUAUGAUUUUUGGAAAUGCCAAAGCAUUCGUAAAUGCUACAGAAAUCGCCGACCCUUCAAAUGUGAACACUGUGAUAUGGUCUUCGGACGCGCGGGUGGGCUCCGCCGUCAUGACAUGAUGGUUCACCAGCAAAUAAUCCACGCUUGCCCCUAUGAAGGGUGUGAUCAUCCUGGCUAUAAGUGUACUAAGGCUUUGACCGCACAUAUUCGCUCCGUUCAUACCCUGGAUCGACCAUUUAAGUGUUUGUUUUGUGAGAGAAGCUUUGUGCGAAAGAACGAUCUCAAAGUUCAUGAGACGACACAUUCAACACAAUCUGAAUAUGUCUGUAAGAACAAUACACCGCUUUCUGAA